UUGUGAAUCUUUAUUGUGCCAGAUGGAGAUGAAGCAAACCUCAGAAAAUACGUGGAGUGUUGAUACUGGAGAACUUCAAGCUCUUCAAAACUUGGAAAACAUGGAACCAGCGUCUAAUCUGACUGGGGCAUCCUGCCGGCCUGCUUUGGGGGAUCUGGCCAAUUACGUUGUAACUCGGGGAGCUAAGCAGAGAGCUAACAAUAUGAAGCUGUCCAAACCGGUAUCCAAACCUGUGGCGUCCAAACCGGUAUCCAAACCUGUGGCGUCCAAACCGGUAUCCAAACCUGUGGCGUCCAAGCUGGUAUCCAAACCAAAAGACAAUAUUUUGCACAAUAAUAUCUUAAAACCUGCUGUUCAGCAGUUGAGACCAGUAGUUCAAGAAGUGACAUCGUGUGUUCAGGAGCCAAUUCCUGAGGUCCCUCUCUCUCCAACGCCUAUGGAUGUGUCAAUGAAGGAGGAAGACCUCUGCCAGGCUUUUUCUGGCACGCUACUGGAAAUAGAAGAUAUUGAUGCUGAAGAUGGUGGUAAUCCUCAGCUGUGCAGUCAAUAUAUUAAGGACAUUUACAAAUACUUGCACCAACUUGAGAUGCAGCAAACAAUCAGACCUCAUUACCUCGAGGGGCAAGAAAUAAACGAACGCAUGCGGGCCAUCCUGGUUGACUGGCUAGUUCAAGUUCAUUCAAGGUUCCACCUGCUCCAAGAAACUCUCUACAUGACCCUGGCUAUAAUGGACCGUUUUCUACAAAGCCAGCCAGUUUCUCGGAAGAAGCUCCAGUUAGUUGCUGUGACUGCCAUGCUGCUAGCGUCCAAGUACGAGGAGAUGUAUUCACCUACUGUUGGAGACUUUGUUUACAUCACAGACAAUGCAUACACCAAGGCCCAAAUCAGACAAAUGGAAAUCCUCAUUCUCAAAGAGCUUGAGUUUAAUUUGGGCCGUCCACUUCCUCUGCAUUUCUUGAGGCGUGCUUCAAAGGCUGCUAAUCAGGUUGAUGCUGAAAAACACACCCUUGCCAAAUAUCUGAUGGAGCUGACAGUUAUAGACUACAGUAUGGUGCACAUCUAUCCUUCUGAAAUUGCUGCAGCUGCUCUUUGCCUUGCUCUCAAAGUCCUGGAUCAAAGUAAAUGGACUCCAGUUCAACAGUACUACACUGGCUACUCGGAGGAAUCCUUGCUUUCGACUAUGAAACACAUGGCCAAGAACGUGGUUAGAGUGAAUGAAGGGCUCACCAAACAUGUUGCUAUAAAGAACAAAUAUGCAAGUGUGAAACUGCUGAAAAUAAGCACAAUUCCUCAACUAAAGUCACCAAUGAUCAAAGAGCUUGCUGCUUCUCUAUUGUAGCCAUCGGAAUGGACACACUUUCUUUUUGCACUUUUGGAGACUGUUAACGGAUUGCUGCUAUUUUACUCUGUUCAGAAAUGUGAACUGUCGUGCAUCAGGUGCAUACUUCAAGCUCUGUGAACUUCGUCUGUUUUAGUCACUCCAAUAUGUUCAGCUCUUCAUACCUUCAGCUCUUGUAAGAGUUUCCCUGCAUGGUCAGUCUCAUCAGCGAUGGACCCAAUGGCUAUGACACUUGAUCAUAACUAAAGUAUUGGGAGUUUAAUGCUUUAAACAUGUGUAAUAUUUUAUUGGUCUAAAAUUGUGCCUCCUGUAUAGAUUAUUUCAGUAAGAAAUUAAAACUUCUAAUUUUAAGCUUGGGUGACUCUUAAAAUACCUUCCAUGGUUGGAGCACUUUUGGUGUUCACCUGUAGAAUGUUUUAAAUAAAAACUGCUAAGCCAAGAUUGGCUGCAUCUUAAUCAGUCGUAAAAUAUUGGCUACUUGAUUUUUUAGGUUUUGAACUUGAUACUUGAAUUGGUUAUAGAGCCAUAUAUUUCAGUUUUGCAGCCUAGUAGUUCAUCAUGUUGGUAGUAAUUCAGUUUUGGUGAAUAUGGCCAGUCAGAAAUUGCAUCAUGUGUUUAGUGUUCAAUGUACAAGUGCAGAAUGGAAUUCAGUUUGCCUAUCUAGCUGAAUUAAUUUGAAAUGACAAACUGGGCCAGAUAGAAUGAAAUUUGUAACGGGCAGGGCCCGUCAAAUGUUCAGUUUAUGACUGGGUUGGAAGGGAAUCUAGUGCACCUUUCCUAUUAAACAAGCAUCCAGUGCAGAUUUUAAUCCAAACUGUCUUAAUUUUGCAAUUAGUUUGGUCAUUCUGUCACUAUCAAUACUAAAUUAAUUUGAUUUUGGAAGAAAAUCAGCAAAGCCAGUUGGUCAAGUUCAUCUUUUGCUUUACAGUGAAAAUUUUGGGUAUUUGAUUUUUGUGGUAUUGCUGGAUAUUAAGCCUGAACAUAUAAGAUUUAUACUGUACCAUAAUCGCUUUGUUUUCUAUAGCCAUAAAAUCCAAGUUUCAUUUUGUGCCAAAUUGGUGUAACAAGUUUAAUAAACUAA